AGAUGCCAUUGCCAAAAUGCCCUCAAUGAAGCUGCGGCUGCCAUCGAACCGGACACUGGGCAACAUAUGUGUAUAUGGCGCCAUUGCGUCCAUUUCGGCUGUGAUGUUCAUGCGCUGGAAGCUGGAAGACCGCGUACGAUCGACAGAUUAUUACAAAUUGGCCCUUCAGACUCUGCGACAGCACAAGGGGGCUGUUGGAUUGUUGGGUGAACCUAUUAAAGAUUCGGGUUUCGACUUGUCCAAUGUGAAUAACACGUGUGACGCGGACAAGGCCCAAUUCGAAAUUUCAGUACGUGGCCCAAAGGAUAAAGGGACCGUUUUCUUCUGGGCGACAAAUAAUCGUGAAAGAGGCUGGCUCAUAGAUCGAUUGGAGCUGGAGGCUAAGCAGCAUCCCAACAAGAGAUUCUUGCUCAAAAAACCUGACGAAUAUGUCAAGCUCGAGAGUCAAAAUCAGGAGAUGCCAGAGAAUCAUCGUCAACAGAAGCCAACGGAAUUACCUGCCGGGGAGCCCCAUUACGAACAACAAACGUAUCCUCAACCGCAACCCCUUCAUCAGACAGAGGAGCCAACGCCGUAUGUCCAGACCGCAGAUGGAGGCCGUAUGCGAUAAACAACACUUGGAAUUUAUUUAAAUUUGUCUAUUCAAGCAUUCUUAAACUUGUAAUAAUACAAUUUUAGUAUACAAACAUUUAAAAAAAAACCAAGUCUUUUUUGUAAACAAAGAAACGGUUUUUGUCUUGUUUAUGAAGCGCUCUGUUAUUUUGAUAGCGCACAUUAUUUGUAGUUUUGUAAAUUAUCUUGCAAUUGCCAUCAUUAUGUGUUAAUAAGCUGUUGAAUUCAUUCAAUUAUUGUUCAUUUUAAUAAAAUUGUUAUAAAUUGUUA